AGGCGGCAAAACAAAAAGCUAAAACGGCGAUCUUGUUGACUUUGCGUAAACCUCCCUCCGAUAAAUAGUACCCACUUAGGUAAAACUAAAUAAAUUGACAUUCAUGCACCGCCACUUUUUGGACUAUUGAAGUGUCAAGUGUACUAAGAAGAACGGUUGAAAAAAAAGAACAUGAUGCGUUCAUGAUCCCCACUCAGAGUUAAUUCUACAGAUCCUAAGUCAACAGGUGAACAAUAAGCCAUUGAGGAUGAGCAAGUGGGGACAGCGGCUGAAGAAAGUGGAGCAGCUCGCCGAGGCCUUCCAGAACAAUCCCAUGGUCACACGCUACAAACCUCGACUCUUGCCGUGUCAGCCUUCCUCCGUCUGGAAAAUCUUCCCUCGCCAAAAUUUGGCUAUUAGCUUCGCUCAGAGCUGCAAAGAGCCUGUGCAUGUUUUUGCACUCGAAAAAGAGAAGGCACUUCCUGGUCAAAGGAUCUUCCUGGUUACCAGCUAUAGUGAACUAUGGCACUACUACAGGAUCAACACUCAGUCUUUGAUGCACUGCUAUGAGGUGAUAACAGAGGGUGCUGUUUGCAAACUUUACUUUGACUUGGAAUUCCACAAGCCCUCAAACAGACAGGCAGAUGGGAAAAAGAUGGUGUCUUUGUUGAUCCAGUAUGUGUGCAAAAAUCUGAAGGACAUUUAUGGGAUUGAAUGCUCUGAAAAAAACGUACUCAAUCUGGACUCAAGCACAGAUGAUAAGUUUAGUCGGCAUCUCAUCUUCAAUCUCCAUAAUGCAGCUUUCAAAGACAACACACACGUCGGUGCCUUCAUUCAUAACAUUCUCCAACCUUUGUUGGGUGCAACGUCAGGCAGAAGUUGUUUGGAAGGACCCAUUGAACCAGGAACACAUGUUGCCUCGGCAACUCAAAGUCCAGAAAAACAGGAAGGGGUUGACCUCAGCUUUCUCCGGGUAAAAGACAAGAAUGACCGCCAUUCCCUCUUUGUUGAUCUUGGAGUGUACACAAAGAACAGAAAUUUCCGACUUUUCAAGUCAUCCAAAGUAGGAAAAAACGCAGCCUUCACCUUAGCAGAUGACAACAAGUUCAUUGCCAAUUCCAAGAAGGGUGUUCCUGUCGAGGAAAGUGUUUUCUUGGCGUCUUUAGUGUGCAACGUGAGUUUCACAGGCCAGAAAAUUCUUACAUGUCAUGCCACAGAAGCCAAUGACUUGACGACCACAACGGUUCCGAGUUGGCAGGGCUCACUGCCUGAUGAAGGCUUACUCUCGGGCUGCCUGACGUCUCCUUACCAAGAAGUAGACAACUUUGUAUUAACAGUGGUUAGGAAGGACGGCAUACAGGGAAGCAUCCGACGGUGGAACUACUUUGCAACCGAGCAGUUGCUUGUCUACGAUAUUGCCAAGUACCGCUGGUGUGACAAUGUGGGCAGGUUUCACAAAAGCAACAACAUCAUGAUUGUGGUGGAUCUCAAAGAGGAUGUGUGGUACCAGAAGUGUCACGAUCCUGAGUGCAGGAACUAUAGAUCCUCAAGUUACCCAUUGCCACAGGAGAUCUGCAUCAGCUACGUCAUGAUGCUGGAUGAUGAGAACCAAUCAUACACGAUGGACGAGGCAGACAACAUCGAUCCCACUCAGCCGCCAAAGCAGGUAUCCCAGGGAAUGGAAUGGGAUCAGGAAUCAGCUGAUGUGUGGGGAAGAGAUGACGACGACCGCCAAUUUUCAGACUGCCUUGAUGACUUUGAACUAAACAGCAGUGAAAUCUCAGACGACCUUCUUCUCAGCUGCAUGGAUGAUUUUGAUUCGCAGUAGAAGGUGAUGUUAUUGAGAAGUGAGUCAAAGAGUUACUCAUGUACUUUACUGCAAACUCUAGUCACAUUUGUACAAGCACACAACUAUGCACUUGUCCUUUCAAUAAUACACAAUCAUAAUAUGGUUUAAACUGUACGCACAAUUCCAAUAAUUAUAGCUCACCUUUAUGUCCAAUAGUGUGGCAUAGAUAGCAUUUGUUAAUUCAUAAAAAGCACGACUGUUCAAUGCUUCCAAUAAAAGCAUGAAACUAAACGGUGAGUUCUCUGAUAACCCACCACAUUGAAACAGGGGAAUGCAAAUAUAUUUAAUGUUCUGAAUUAUCAUUACUAGUCAUAAUAUUAUACACACUAUUUACCCCACUAAUUCAUGAAUUUAAUUGAAAUGAAUUAACAACUUCAUUUAAAUAUUAAUAUAAACUCUAAUAACAAACCAAAGCAAAAUGCAAGUCCAACUUCCAUGUUACAAUAGUCAUACUCUAUUUGCCCAUUGUACAUUAUAACCCUUAUCCUAAGAUAAAUAAAGCCACUAAUGUUUAGCCAUAAUGUCAGCUUAGUGCUAUUUUACUAAAAAGGAACGAUUCACUUUUAAAACCAUCCAAUUCCUUCAAAACCAAACGCUGCAAAAAUGUCCAGAUUGUCACUGGCAGAUAUGUUCCCAUUCAACUGUCGCCCUGCACAUCAACUUAGACCUUAAUGUUGGCGUAGAGUUCGUUUAUCUGUGCUCUAAAGUAACUCAGAAGCUCCACCCUCUUCGCCUUGAGCGUUGGUGUGAGCAGGCCAUUCUGGACAGAGAACAUCUCUGGAUGCAAUGCAAUGUCUCUCACCUACAACACAGCAAACAAAUGACGGAGAGCGUGAGCAUACAACAAAUGAAGACCUGAUAUAAUCCCUUAUAUUUUAAAUAAUAAGGUAUUCUAAUUCUACGAGCCAAGUGGUCAUUGUCAUAGUGAAUCAAAUAUUGAAAUGUUGAUGAAGACUAAUUCAGUGUAAUGGUACAAUAUUUCCAAUAUAUUAAACCGUAAUAUAACCGUGACCUGUUCAAAAGACUUGAGUCCAUUUUGUUUGCCCAGCUUCUGGAGGUCCUCCAAAAUAGCGUUUUUAACAUCCUGCAAGCAAA